CCUUCCUCUGUAUCUGAGCUGUUCUCUCUACUUUCUCGGGUUGGAAUUAACCCGAAUUAGACACUAAAAUCUCUCUUUCUCUAUACUAGUGGACCAGAUCCCUAAUUCACUCAGACAUGGCAAAUCAACUGAAAUUUUUGCUAAUUUCAUAGCAAUUAUACCUGAUUUCUUUCAUCAAAAUCCAAUCUUGCUGCUCAAGUGGGAAAGCUCGAAUCUUUUACAUGGUUUAGCUUGGAAAUUGGAGCUUGUUGUAGUUCUUUAUUUUUGUUGUUGGUUGAAUUGCCAUGGGGGAUAGUACACCGAAUACGAUGAAUCUUGAUCUGAAUUUGGGACCUGUUGAAAGUCCUACUGAUGAUUCUGAGCCUGUUCCAGCAACAUUUCCCAUUGAAGAUAUGAAUUUAGAGGAUUUGUUAGAUGGUUAUCGAUUUAGGGAAGUUGCUAGGCAAAGGAGGAGCAGAUGGCGGUCAGCUUUGAGAAACAUUCCUGUUCCUGCAGAAGCUAGAAGUAUUGCGAUGGAGUUCAUUGGUAGGAGUGAAUCACAAACAAAUGAUGUUGUUGCUGAGGAGAGACCCUCGGAGGUGGAAAAUACAUGCGAUAACAAUAACGGGUAUUCACAUGAUGAGAUUCUGGGGAAAAAAGAAGACAGUGAAAAGGUUACUAGCGAGGAGGGGGGAAGCUUCUUUGAUUGCAAUAUAUGUCUGGACUUGUCAAAAGAACCUGUUGUGACUUGUUGUGGUCACUUGUUUUGUUGGCCAUGUCUUUAUCGGUGGUUACAUCUCCAUUCAGAUGCAAAAGAAUGCCCUGUUUGUAAAGGGGAAGUGACUAUGAAGAAUGUAAUCCCAAUUUAUGGACGUGGAACUAAUGUGCGAGAGCCUGAAGAGGAUUCAACUCUGAAAAUCCCUCAUAGGCCUCAAGCAAGGCGUGUCGAGAGCUGGAGGCAGACUAUUCAAAGGACAGCAUUCACCAUUCCAAUGGAAGAAAUGAUUCGCCGUCUUGGCAGUAGAUUUGAUUUGUCUCAGCUACAACAGCAGAAUUCUGAAGGUUCUCAUGAAUUACCUGAGCGAAGCAGCUCACUGCUCAACCGUAUUCUUACUUCCAGGGGACGCAGAGAACAGAAUCCUGUUCUGCCUUCUGAUGACGUUGUUGACUUGACACAGACCAGUCCAACUAACUCUGAUGUGUGGGAAACCCGUCGUCUUUCCUCUCUUUUACUCCGUAGAUCAAAUUCACAUCGAGCUGCUAAUUAUGCCAAUCUUGCUUCUGCCUUUGGUUCUGGUGGAAGGCUGGUUGAGCCAUACUUCCGUAGUAGCACUGUGGAGAGAAAUCAGGAGCAGCCUCUACCAGUUGAAGAUAGAGAUUCUGUUUCGAGUAUUGCUGCUGUUAUACACUCAGAGAGUCAAACAGUGGAUACUGCUGCUGAAAUAGAUUCUAGGGUGUCCCUUUCUACAUCAUCUUCCAGAAGAAGAAAUGAUGCUUCCAGAAUUUCAGAUGUGGAUAGUGGAGAUUCACGUGCACCUAGGAGGAGGAGGCUAAACUGAUAUGCGUUCUUCUUAUCAUGUUCGGCCUCCCAAGCACACCCCUCCCUCCAAUUCCCCGUAUGUCAUUGAUAUUUCUGAGUUUCUUUAGGCGUAUCGGUAGGAAAUGUACUCUUUUCCUUGAGUUUCAUGAUACCUUUUCCAGUUUGCUGCUUAGUCUUCUACCAUUAGUUUCCUUAUCCGACAGGUCCAAGGUUUCCAGCUACAAGUCGUAUGAAAAGAGAAAAAAAAAACUUGUUUAAAUAAUCGCGCGAAUUGUCUUUUACCUCUGUAAAUAACCAUGCAAAUGGUAGUUUUGUUGGUAUGCCUGCUCUUGAUGUCCUCAAUAAAUUGAAAUUUUAUCCAUAUAA